GGUCGUUACCGCCCCCCACGCCCGCGCUCCCCAUCACCACCACCUUCACCACCUUCAUCACCACCCAGCAGCGUUGGGAGUGCGGGGCGCAGCGGGGCAGUCGUACAAAACAGAAGCGCCAAUCGGCUCUGCCCAUUCACUACCCCCGGCACUCGCCCUCGACUCGACUCACCCUAGACUCACCCUCCACUCACCUCACCCUCCACUCACCCUCCACUCACCUCACCCUCCACCCAACCUCCACUCACCUCACCCUCGACUCGACUCACCCUAAACUCACCCUCCACCAACUCACCCUCACCUCACCCUCCACCCAACCUCCCAUUCAGCACGCACAGCGUGCUGCUGCUGCUGAGACUACUCAAGUGACCACCGCUGCCGCCGCUGCCACCGCCGCAAUGCCGGCGCCGGUGAACGUGAAGCUGGACUAUGUCCCGCCCGACGGGGGCUGGGGCUGGGCCGUCCUCGUUGGCUCCUUCAUCUCCAUCGGCUUCUCGUACGCCUUCCCCAAGGCCAUCACCGUCUUCUACAAGGAGAUCCAGGAGGUGUUCGACGCCUCCUACAGCGAGAUCGCGUGGAUCUCCUCCAUCAUGCUGGCCAUCAUGUACGCGGGCGGCCCCAUCAGCAGCAUCCUGGUGAACCGGUUUGGAUCGCGCCCGGUGGUGAUCAUCGGGGGGUUGCUCGCUGGCCUGGGGUUGAUCAUCUCCUCCUUCUGCACCAGCAUCGUGCAGCUCUACAUCUGUGUGGGCGUCAUUGGAGGUUUCGGCCUGGCUCUGAACCUGCAGCCAGCGCUCACCAUCCUGGGCCGCUACUUCGAUAAGCGGCGGCCGAUGGCGAUCGGCCUGGCAAUGGCAGGCAGCCCCGUGGUACUGAGCAGCCUGGCGCCCUUCAACCAGGUGCUGUUCGACGCGUUCGGCUGGAGGGGCAGCUUCCUCAUCCUGGCGGGAAUCCUCUUCAACUGCUGCCUGGCCGGAUCGCUCAUGAGGCCUAUCGGGCCAAAGAAGGGCAGCGCCCCUGCAGAGAGCGAGGGGUCCAAGGCGGCCGAGCCGGAGCCCGGCAUUCUGGCCACCAUCACCCGUCUGUUGGACCUCAGCCUCUUCCGGCACCGUGGCUUCCUCAUCUACCUCGCCGGCAACGUGCUGCUCUUCUUCGGGCUCUUCGCGCCGCUCAUCUUCCUGGCGCCGUACGCGAAGCACAUGGGGGUGGACCAGUACUCGGCCGCCUUCCUCCUCUCCAUCCUGGCGCUCGUGGACAUGGUGACGCGUCCACUCACGGGCAUCCUGGGAAACCUCAAGGUGGUGCGCCCGCGCAUCCAGUACCUCUUCAGCUUCUCGCUCAUCUUCAACGGCUUCUGCCACCUCAUGGGGCCCAUGGCCACGGACUACGGCGGCCUCGUCAUCUACGCCGUCUUCUUCGGCAUCGCGUUCGGCAUGGUGAGCGCCAUGCUGUUCGAGACGCUCAUGGACCUGGUGGGCGCCGCCCGUUUCUCCAGCGCCGUGGGGCUCGUUACCAUCAUCGAGUCGUGCCCCGUGCUGCUCGGCCCGCCCAUCGGAGGCAUGCUGGUGGACGUGACGGGCGAAUACAAGUACAUGUUCUACGUGAGCGGCGCCAUCCUCUGCGUCGCCGGCAUCUUCCUCUUCAUCGCCAACUUCAUCAACUACCGCCUGCUCGACCGCGAGCGCGAAGCGGCCGAGCGCGGCACCGAGCUCGCCGAGGCCGCCAGCUUCCUCAACGGGCCGGGCUCCGCCGAGGGGGCCCGGCGGGGGCCGCCGGGGUCCGAGGGCGGGGCGGCAGGGCCCGUGCCCCUGGCCCCCGGGGAGAGCAACGCGUAGUGCGUGUGCGUGCGAGGAGUCGCGGUGGUUGGAGUCGGGUGGGGGGCCGGCGGGGAGAGCCCGGCCACGAGCGCCGCAUUGCUGCGGCGUAAUGCGGCCCUGUAGGUUUUCCACGACACAUGCAUCUAGCAAAGAGGACACCAGCUCAAGUGCGUGUAUGGCAUCGCUGUCACCCAUCUGGUGCCAGCGUCGCCCGUACGGGUGUCAGUCACCCGUAUGGUGCCACUGUCGCCCGUACGGGUGCCACUGUCACCCGUAUGGUGCCAGCGUUGCCCGUACGGGUGUCACUGUCACCCGUACGGGUGUUAGUCACCCGUAUGGUGCCAGCGUUGCCCGUACGGGUGUCAGUCACCCGUAUGGUGCCAGCGUUGCCCGUACGGGUGUCACUGUCACCCAUCUGGUGCCACUGUCGCCCGUACGGGUGUUAGUCACCCGUAUGGUGCCAGCGUUGCCCGUACGGGUGUCACUGUCACCCAUCUGGUGCCACUGUCGCCCGUACGGGUGUUAGUCACCCGUAUGGUGCCAGCGUUGCCCGUACGGGUGUCAGUCACCCGUAUGGUGCCAGCGUUGCCCGUACGGGUGUCACUGUCACCCAUCUGGUGCCACUGUCGCCCGUACGGGUGUUAGUCACCUGUAUGGUGCCAGCGUUGCCCGUACGGGUGUCACUGUCGCCACUACGGUGCCAGCGUUGCCCUACAUUGCCAUUGUCGCCCAUCUGGUGGCAGUCGCCCAUACUGUGUUACUGUCACCCACACGGUGCCACUGUCCCCUGUACAGUAUCGAUGCCCCCUGCACAGUACCAGCCACCUGUACAGUGUCACCGUCGCCUGUACAGUAUUACUGUCCAUAAUAAAGCUUUUGGGGUUAGAUCGUGUAAGUGUGUUACACCGGUGGGCUGAAAAAGUAACUAAGCGGCACUUUGUUAACGUGACACAUUUUUUACUGAUUGGCCGUGUCAGGUGGUGGAGGGUUGCGACACAUUUAUACUUACGCGAUCUAACCCAAAAACCUUCAUUAUGGAUUACUACGUGUUCAAGUAUUACUGUCACUCGAAGUGUUACUGUAUCGUGUACAGUGUCACUGUCGCCUGUACAGUAUUACUGUCAUCUGUACAGUGUCAACGUCAUCUGCGUGAUGUUUCGCAGCUCAUCGAGUUGAGUCCGCGUGGGACGUAACUGGAAUGUCACCGCUCUAUAUUGACGUUUACAGUUAUGGGAAUUCAACAUGGACGCUGCUACCGAGCGCAAACGGUGGCAAGGUGGCCUCCUGAAUGGAAGGUUCGAACCGGGACGGUUUGGCCAACUGCAGGCACUAACGCCCGGCCCACGUAGCCACCUCAAGGGCUUCCUGGGAGUUUUCGUGCGUCGGUGGACAUUUCAUUAGCUGAUAGUUAUAUCUGAGUGUUUAGAUUAAUGAGAACCGAAUAAAUGAGAAACUAUUAUUAACUGUUGGAAGAAUCAAGUGAGAUAUUGCGUGCAUUUGUCACUCGCAGGAAACAUCACCCGCGUGCCCUGAGAUUGGGUUAGUUUUUUUUGCAAUUACCAUGGAUUAAAUUGUGAGUGAAGACCACGACAUAGUUCUCAAACGUCCUUCAAUUCAUCCCGUGAUUUGCAAAAUAUAUAUAUUUUAAAUGUGGCAGAUUUACACAUUUUAGAGCUUUCUGCCUUGGCUCUUAGUUGUGCCUUGGCGCUGCGCUGCCAUUUGGCCAGGACAACACGGAUCGGGGUUGCGAUUGCGGUGGCGGGUUUAACGACACAUUUAUAUUUACGUGAUCUAACCCAAAAAACCCUCUAUUAAGGGUUGCGAUUCUUUGCCAAAAUAAAUGGCCGGAUGGUCAGAUAGUUGCAUACACACACACACACACACAGCGUAACAACAAAUUCAACACGUAGGCUGGCAAAAUCGCUGGUUGUAAUUACCAGCGAAAAGAACGUCGUACUACUCAAGUUGUAAAUGUUGUGAAUUACUCUCCAACACGGUGUGUGCUUAAGUAGUAACCUAUUGGUAUGUUUUGUUUAUGUGACAAACCUUAUUAAUUGGCCGUGUCGGGUGGUAGUGGGUUAACGACACAUUUAUAUUUACGCGAUCUUACAAACAAAAACCUUUAUUAUUUCUAACGACACAUUGAACAUGGAGAUUGUUUUUAAUGAAUAGCUAGAAAAUCACCUACAAGGCUGUUUGGUUAAUCUAGGAGUUUAAUCAAUUUUAUCAUUGCGCUUUAAAAAAAUAUAUAUUUAAUUUUAAAAAUGAAUUCUGCAUUUUCAGUCAUGUCGUGCCGUUUAUUCUUCUCCAGCAUCUCUUAGGAUGGUUAUUUUCCAUCGCAAAGGGUGUUGAGAAAUGUUAGAUCGUUAGAGGGAGCGCCCUGAUGGUUUGACACAGUGACGUUGAAGCCCAUGGAGGCGUCUCCUGUUUUAAACUCGUGAUACCACAGGGACACGUCGUCCACAGGGUGGGUUGGAUGACGGAUGAAGUGUUAUCUCAAUUUCUCGAUUGGAUAAACUCCGUACCUCUUUAUUGUAUGACACAUUAUUCUGUUUGAAUGUCCUGCCAAUUAAUACGAAAGCAAAACCUCGAGUGUAAUUGAAAGCGGAGUACAAGAGGCGAUGCCAUGGAUUUGAGAGAUAUGAAAACACUAGGUAAGAAACAUUCUAUAUUUUAUAAAUACCGUAACAUUUCCUACAUUAAAGUAAAUAUUUGUCUAUACACUUUUUUGUGGCUUUAAGUCACAAAAUCAGAAGAAAUGUGUAAUUGUAUAGCUAUGGAGUAAGUGCCACUGCUGGGGGCACCACGGUGGCGAGAUGUGUACUCCCUCGCCUGGUAUACAGAAGGUCGUGGGUUCGACCCCGAUCCUGAUGCCUGACGCGUGGAUUUUCCUCAUCCACAUGUAGAAACGUGGCUUUCGUACAUUUGGGUCCCAUACAUUUCCACACGAUAAGCCACUUCGUUGAGCUAUCAUUAGUGGCCAGUUCGCGUCUGAAAAAGAGCUGUAUUGCUCAGUGGGCCUUACCUGGUAAAAUAAAAAGUUUAAUUUAUUAUGGCAAAAAGCGGUAAAAUAUUUCACCUGUAUGGUCUUAGAUUAAAAACAUGUGGAUAUUUGGGUUGGCUGAAAAAUAUUCCUGGGGCCAAAGUCAGCAAGCGCGUGCUUCGGGCCCAGGCAGCUGUCCCAUGUAGAUGUCUAAGCCCAGCUCCUGGCCCGCAUAUCAGGAAAAUUAAUAAUAAUUAAAAAUGAGUCCAGUGCAGACGCAUUGAGUCGACCGCAGAACCGCGUGCUUGGCGUGAGAACUGCCAUCGCUGAGAGAACGCGGCGUCCGGAAUGCGUUGCGGGUGACGCAAGAUGUUGCAACAUCACUGGACAUCUGUGAAGGAAGAGCUUGAUAGCUCGUCGGAUUCCUCCAGCUAUCAAUAAAUGUUCUGAUUCUGA